AUGGAUAUCGGUACAUGUGCCUCGUUCGAUAGACCACUUUGCGGUGAGCAGCUGAUUGCGGGUGCGCACUCAGGAAAUUCCAUGAAUUACAACAUGCCGGUAUCAGCAUCACAGUCAGCACCAAUGGAUGACGGGAGUAAUCAGCAAAACAGCGGCGGCAAGAGUAAACGCAAGAAGAGAAGACAUAGAACGAUUUUCACGCAGUAUCAAAUUGACGAACUAGAGAAAGCGUUCCAAGAAGCUCAUUAUCCCGAUGUUUAUGCGCGAGAAGUACUGGCUGUGAAGACAGAACUACCCGAAGACCGGAUACAGGAGAAUGUGCAAAGAAAAACUGUGAAAAUAAUGCAUAUUUUCAGAACGAUCUUCACGCAGUAUCAAAUCGACGAAUUAGAAAAAGCGUUCCAAGAAGCUCAUUAUCCCGAUGUUUAUGCG